AUGAUCUAUACUACAAAUUAUGUACACACAGAAUUCAAGAGAAUACUGAAAGAGGGUGACAUCGCCAAAUACGACAAGUCAUUCCAGGUCUUUCAUUACCUCCUUAUUAACGCAAUUGAGAAGAUACGUCUGAAGCAAACUCUUCCGGAAUACCUGUAUAGGGGUGACGAGAAGAUUUAUUCCAUCGAAUACGGAACCGAUAUGAGUUUCCCUGGAUACACAUCGACCUCAUAUAAAAAAUCUGUAGCCGAGAAUUUCCGCAACGGCACGGGCACCCUUAUUCACUUGGAGGGAGUUAAGUUGGGCGCUGAUAUUGCCAGACUUUCGGUAUAUCCUCGGGAGGAAGAAGUCUUGAUCCCCCCCUAUGAAAGUUUCAAAGUCACCAACGUCGCCAGGGACAACAAAGGCCCACUCAUCUACCUGAAGAGUAUUGGGGAGGUGUGCGGAGGUCGUCGACGACGAUCCACGGGAGGGCCGUGCCGAUGCUGUAGACAGCCGUUAGACGUAAUCCGUGAAGCCGCGAGUGGAUGCGUCCCGCAACAGAUGAAGUGGAACGUUGUCUACUUCUGUUUAGUGGUGUAUGUCGUUGUUAGAUAUUGA